GUCAUUAAUGUACUUUAGUGUAUAUAAUCAUAUUUUUCUGUAAACAGUCCCCAUCAAGUUAUGAUUUAUGAACACAAUUUUACAAAUUUAUACGUCGUGUAUUAAACAAAAGUAUAUAUGUCAUAACUGAAUAUCAAUUAUUAACAAAUAAGAAAACAUAUAAUUAUAUAAAAAUGAAUACAUGUGUUAAAAAAUAUAAGUUCGAAGCUGUAUUGGGCAGGGGAAUGUUUGGGUAAGAAAAAUAUUAAUUUUCAUAAAUUAAUAAUUUCUUAGAAUAUAUGAUAUGUGUGUGUGUGUAUGUGUGUACGUGUAUGUGUGUGUCAACAGAACUGUUCAUCUAGUUAGAAGAAUAAAGGACUUGAAACCAUUUGUUAUAAAGGAACAGAAUUUAAGUAUAAAAACUAAUAUAUCUUUUGAAGUAAGUUUGCAUAUAUUGUUGCUAUACUUCGUCAAUCAUUUAAAUUGAAAAAAUGAUAUCAUAUGUUUUAGAUGGUCUUGAGAGAAGUGCAAUAUUUGCAAAAAAUGAGGCAUCCAAACAUUGUUGCUUAUCAUGCAGCUUGGAUUGAAAAUAAUAAAAGUUACAUUCUUAUGGAAUAUGCAACUCAUAGUACUUUGAAAGAAUUAUUGGAAAAACGUGAAGUACCGCUUAUGGAAGAAAAUGCUUUGUAUUUGUUCUCACAAAUUACUCUUGGAGUCCAUCAUAUACAUACAAAGAAAAUUCUUCAUAGAGAUUUAAAACCUGAGAACAUUUUGUUGACUGGACGUAAAGGAGACAUUGUUAAAAUUAGUGACUUUGGUGUUUCUAAAGAUAUACAAGAGUAAGACUUAUCACAUUUUUGACUGCGAAUUUAAUAGAUUUAAGAUCUUGAAAAUAUUAAAUAAUUUAAUGUAAU